GUUUCUGCGACAGAGAAUAAUGCCUACGAUUACACUCGCAGUGGUAACCCUACGAGGGAUGCACUCGAGAAGCUGCUAGCGGAGGUGGAGGGGGCGCAUCGUGCCUUUGUCUUCAGCACCGGGAUGGCGGCACUUGCUGCAGCCACCAGGCUGGUUUCCACUGGUUCCUCCAUUGUAGCGGGUGACGACAUUUACGGAGGCACAGACCGGCUGCUGUCAAGAGUGGUGCCUCGUGCAGGUGUUGCUGUCAGGCGGGUGGACACAACGGAUCUAGAAGCAGUGAGGGCGGCAGUGCUGCCCGGCACCAAGCUGGUCGUUAUGGAGAGCCCCACCAACCCCCGCAUGAUGAUCAGCGAUAUCAGGGCCAUAGCGGACAUAGCCCACUCAGUGGGAGCACUGCUACUGGUAGACAACAGCAUCAUGUCUCCGGUGCUCUCAAAGCCGCUGCAGCUGGGAGCAGACAUUGUGAUGCACAGCGGUACCAAGUUCAUCAGCGGGCAUAGCGACGUGAUGGCUGGUGUGCUGGCUGUCAAUGACCCCGACUUGGCUAAAGAGAUCUACUUUGUGCAGAACGCAGAGGGAUCAGGGCUGAGCCCCUUUGACUGCUGGGUGUGCCUUCGGGGGAUCAAGACCCUGCCACUGCGACUGGAGAGGCAGCAGGCCAACGCACAGAGAAUAGCUGAAUUCCUGGACAGCCAUGCACGAGUGGAGAGAGUGUUCUACGCCGGUCUGCCCUCCCAUACCAACCGCGACCUGCAUUUCUCUCAGGCCAAGGGUGCGGGGUCAGUGCUCAGUUUCACGACAGGCAACAUCAACGCGUCAAAGCACAUUGUUGAGACGAUGAAGCUCGCUAAUAUUGCUGUCAGCUUCGGCAGUGUGGCGACGUCCAUCAGCCUGCCGUGCUUCAUGUCACAUGCCAGCAUACCAGCGGAUGUGCGCAAGGAGCGAGGCCUGGUUGAAGACCUCAUUCGCCUCUCU